AUGAAGAUUGGCUCGUGGAAUAUUAGGGGCUUUAACCCGCCCCUCAAACAAAAUGGGGUUAAAGAAUUCAUGCGACGACAUGAGAUUGAUGUUAUGGGCAUCUUGGAAACAAAAUUGAAUGAUUUUAAGUUAUCCCGUAUUAUAAGGAAUAAAUUUGGUGGUCUAUCCUCUGCUAACAACUUUCGCCAUCAUAAAGCGGGUUGUAUUUUGGUUUUGUCGAAUUCCUUGAAGGCUGAAUUGGAAGUCUUGGACACUACGGCACAAGUUAUCCAUUGCUCAAUUACUUGCAAGGUAACUUCACGCACCUUCCUUGUUAAUUUUGUUUAUGCAUUCCAUACUAUUGUGAACUGCAGGCCUCUUUGGGAUAAUAUUGAGGAAUUUGGUCUCAAUUGCACCUUGCCAUGGUUGGCUUUAGGGGAUUUUAACAAUGUGCUCAAUUUUGAUGAGAAAAGUAAUGGGGCGGAUGUCACUCCGUAUGAGAUUAAAGAUUUUGAAAUGUGUUGCCAAAAUGUUGGACUUACGGAUAUGCGGUCAAUUGGUUGUUUCUACACUUGGAACAAUAAUUCUGUUUGGAGCAAAAUUGAUAGAGCCAUGGUAAAUGGAAAUUGGAUGCUUGAGAGUUAUGACAGUUUUGCAAACUUCCUUCCAUCGGGUUGCCUCUCCGACCACUCACCUUGCAUUGUGUCAAUUUUUGGGGAAGUUGGAAGGAAGAAAAGGCCAUUUAAAUUUUUUAACAUGUGGACAUGCCAUGAGGACUUUCAUGAUGUGUAUCAAAUGGUUGGAAUCAAGGCUGAUUAUGCUACUAAAAAGUUGGAACUGGCACAAGUUGAAUUACAUAAUGAUCAGAUAAAUCUUCAACUAAAGUCUGAGGUUGCUAGAUUGAGGAAGGAGGCUACUAUGCUAUGUGAAGCGGAAAGGAAUUUUUAUUACCAACAAUCAAAGUGUGUUCAUUUGAAGAAUAGUGAUAAAUGCACCAAGUAUUUCCACUCUUUGGUCAAGAGAAAUGCCAAGAGGAAUGAAAUUCCGGCAGUUAUCAAGAGGGAUGGUAAUUACUCUACUUCCCAAGAAGAGGCGGCGACGGAAUUCACUCACUUUUAUAGUGAAUUAUUGGGACAAAGCGGGUGUGGACAGCAUUUUAAUGAUGAAAUUCUAAGUAACGGUCCUAAAUUGUCGGGGGAAAAUGCCAUGUUGCUUGUCCGGGAUUUCACGAGACAAGAGAUUAAAGAUGCCCUCUUUAGUAUUGGGGAUGACAAAUCACCCGAAUUCUUUGCAACGGGGUCUCUACUCAAGCAAACCAAUCACACUAUCAUUGCUUUGGUACCAAAGGGUAAUCAAUCUACUUCUGUUGAGGAUUAUAGGCCAAUUGCUUGUUGCAAUGUUUUUUAUAAAGUCAUUACAAAGAUCCUUGCCUCUCGGUUGAAGCCUAUGCUUGAUGUCAUUGUUGACAAAGCACAAACUGCUUUUGUGGAGGGACGGAGUAUGAUUGAGAAUAUUCACUUGGCACAAGAGCAGGAUGGAGUAUGA